CCAACCAGCAAGUUGAUAUUUCUCGCGUUACUCCUAAAUUGCAAGUGCAUCGGAAUAAAUCGUGUUCCAAGUUUCAGUGAAAUUAACCACUGAGUGCUCAUGAUGUGGAAUCAAUGGCGCAGAUACAAGGUGACUGAGGGAUAACUUGGCGAAAACCGAUUUAAAUGGUGUCAUUUCGCCCCAAAGAUUUCAAAAGGGUAAAAGAUGACUGAGAUCCUGUUCAAAAUAUUAGUGGCACUAGUUCAGUUGAUUUCGCUGCAAUGGACAUCCAUUUGUGAUGGCACUGUCUAUGUUCCCAAAGGGAAUUAUACAAUACCCGAGGGCGGCGAAUUAAGUAUAAAUUGUUCUGCGACAGACGAGGCACUUACAGGUUGGUUUACGUUCAGCGGAAAGAAGAUAACUAAUGACCCGUCAGCAAGAGUCCACGUAAGAUCAAGUGGAAGUUUGAAGUACUUAGAGAUCCCUAAGGUCAACAAGGCAGACCGAGGAACCUACGAAUGUAGAGGCACAAGGAACAAGACGCAAAUCCGGCUGAAUGUCGAAUAUAGCCCCGUUUUGAUCAGUGAAAGCUCCACGCACGGAACGAUAUUUUCAUCAUUAGACAGUAAUGAGGAAAUAAUACUGAAAUGUAAAUUUGAUGGUUUUCCAGUUCCCGAAUUAAAGUUCCAAUUCGCUGGUGUUAAUUUGAAUAGCAUUUUCAACGCAUCCGGGUUUGUUUCCUACAAGUUUCGUGUUACAAGACCAAGGGACUUUGGAUUUUACAGCUGUGUGGCUGAAAAUAAGAUGGGUACAGUAACACAUUACAUUGAGGUUUACGAAAGAGGUCCUCCUGAGCCUCCAAAUAACGUGCAAGCUUCAUCGACGUGUGACAGUAUAGAGGUCACGUGGGAGGCGUCUCUCAAGGAUGGUGGAAGCCCCGUGACAGGCUACACCGUCAAACUUUUGAAUGGAGGCGAAUCAGUUGCAUCGGAAUCUUUAACAAAUUUAAGUCGCUCCAAGAGCUUUACAAAUCUUAAAAAGAAAACUGAAUACGAAGUUCGAUUGAAUUCUAACAACGCACUUGGCGGUGGAGAGUGGAGAAGUAUUUCUCUCAAUACUACUGUUGCAUGUCCUGAAAAACGUGGAUCUUCAGGCAGCGCGUUAAAAGUUGUAACUUCGAUUCUUACGCUGAUAAUGUCGACGUCCGUUCACCUGGUGCUUUGAGUAUGGAUUGUUGCCCUGGUACUGGUACUGUCACUAUGUUUAGAGAUAUUUGGCGCACCAAACACGCUUCAAUAAAACUGUCGAGACUACUGGGAAAAGUUAAUGAGAGCAUCAACAAGAUUCAGCACUUGCGUUUUUGUGUGGUGUGGUGUCCAAACAUAGAAAAUCACUCAGGAAGCUUAGAACUCUUAGCACUGGGCUGGUACUGGAUUAAAUCUCAAAAAAUAGAGAAAUUUCUUCAGAGACAGACAGAAAUACAAAAUUUAAUUUAUGUUAAAGUUUCCCUAGUCCUUUUAAUUGAGGUUUAUAUUUUUCAGCAUAUAACCUACCCUAUAGUGAUGAACAGACGGGGGAAACGGUGAGAAACCUGGAUACGAGUGCCUUAGCUUGGGGUGUUUCCCAUCCCUUUCUCUCUUAGAGCCGCUGAAAGUCAGAGUAAUUUAACUAACAAUGCCAUUUCUCUUCCAAAAUUUCGCUUUCGCGAGUGGUGGCCACUUCCAAAGACUGUCUCACGUAACAAAACGUACGCCGAGAGAGAUAGCGAUGGACUCCCAUUUUCGGAAUUAAGAAGAUAAUUAAAAUUUUCGUUAAGCGGAGUGGAUUCAGUUAUCGGUAAUAUUCUCCUACAAUGUCUUUGCGUUAAACUUUUAGACGAAGCUUUUCUCAAAUGUUGGUGGAUGGGAUGUACGUGGACAUUGUGUCGCUCUAUAAAGUUGAUUUAACAUUUUUGCUGUUAUAAGAGGGGAACCUCUCUUGCGUCGAUGAGCUCUCCUUGCUAUUUUGUCAAAGAAAAGUAAACAAAUGAAGAAAUAGAUAACAAAAAAUUGAUAUAAAAAACAAAAAAAAUACAAAAAUAAUUUCUAGUUAUGGUCGCCUAAGAGUGAAAUAAGGUUAAUGUAGAUAUGGAAAAAUUACCUAUACCAAACAUUUUCGUUGCAUUCCUUAGCUCACUUAGAGAUUUAUUUAUUCAAACUGUUGCUAUACGCUAG